UUCUGUCUUUCAGUAAGAGGAGGAGUGUCACUGCAUACCUGAGUCAGCUGAAGGUGUUUGGAGGUAGCAGGGAGAUGGACUCUCUGAAGAAGGAGUUGGAGGAGGAACUGAAGCUAUCUACUGAUGACCUGAGGAGUCACGCCUGGUACCAUGGACCCGUAGGCAGAGAGGGGGCAGAGGCUCUGCUGGAGAGAGAUGGUGACUUCCUGGUUCGUGACACAUCCUCCUCCCCCGGUGACUAUGUCCUGAGUUGCUAUUGGAAGGAUGAGCCCAUGCACUUCAAGAUCAUUAAGGUGGUCCUUCGGCCCAAGAAGGGUUACUCCCGUGAGCUGUUCCAGUUUGAAGGGGAUCGUUUCGACAACAUUCCCGCCCUUGUGCGUUUCCACGUGGGUGGACGUCAUCCUGUCUCCCAGGCCUCUGGCGCCAUAGUCUAUCACCCAAUCACACGCUCCCUGCCUAUACGUGUCAUCAGUGAGCGCCAGGCAGAGCGGACGGUUGAGGACCAACAGGCGGCAAAGCAACAGAUCCAGCAACAGAUCCAGCAACAGCGCCCUCGACAGGGUGGGGGUGGAAUCACAGCCAGACCGCAGCAAGAGAUUCAGCUUCAACUCAUCACAUGGACACACUACAUCACUAACACACUACUCAGGAGUGGGAGUCAGCCAGCCAACCUGGAGAAUCUGGGCAGAAGACCUCGAUCCAAUCAGCACAGUCUGAAAGCAACCUACGCACAGGUAACACACACACACUCGUACAUUCCACCUCUGCUCAGGUAA